UACUAAAAAUACAAUUCAGCGCUUAUUUAAGUGAGUUUGAUAAUUAAUUUCAACUUUUUUUCUUCUUAUAAUUUAAAAAUCAUUCUCUUCUUUCUCGUCAUGUUCUCUAAUAACUCUCCAAAUAUAAUAUAUAUAUAUAUAUAUAUAUAUCUUUCUCUCUCUUUUGGUUCUCCUUUCCAAUUCCCUUAUACUUCUCCUAAAUCUGCAACCAAACACGGUCGCUGGUGCUCAAUACAGCGCACGUCCACGUGGGACUGUGUCCUUACACCUUAAUAAGUUCAUAUAAACUCUAGUGUAUGCGAUAACAACCAGCAAGCGGUUUAAACUGCGUAGUCUCAUCUUCUGGCUUCUUGUAGAAGAAGCACAGAGAGCUAAUGGCGCCAAAGGCAACGAAGCAUGAUCCUCAGGGUAUGUUCGCCGGAAUGGUUGUCUUGUUGAUCGAAAACGAAGUCCAGACUCGUCGAUUACAGAUUUGGAAGCAGAAAUUGGUGCAAAUGGGAGCUACAAUAGAGGACCGACUGUCCAAAAGAGUCACUCAUGUGUUUACUAUGAAUUCAGACGCCCUUUUCCAACAAAUUGGUCGUCAACGCUUGGACCGCUUGAAAGGAAAUAGUCUUCUUUAUCAGUGGCUGGAGGACAGUUUGAGAUUAGGAGAAAAAGUGCCUGAAGAUUCUUAUGUUCUAGCAUUGGAUUCAGAACAACAAGGUUCGCCAAACACAUCUUUGGAGAAAAAUUCUCCCAAGCCCGCUAAUGGAAACAAUUCUAGUGAUAAUGAAGCGUCACAUUGCAAAAAGGUCAAAACAUCUUCUGAGAACCCAGGAAAUGCAAGUGCGAAGAACAUGGACAACACAAGAAAUAACUUUGUAUACGAAGCACCGAGUACAGCCACUGUUUCUGAUGACUCGUCCCUUGAUCUAAGCCCAGUAAUUAGCAGGACCAGUCCUACGAGCUCUGGUGCUCCCGAUAAGGCUGUUGGUACGUCAAACUCAUCCUUGCCAUAUAGUCCACCAGAUUUAAACAGGAAUAUCUGUUUGAUAUUUGGAAAGCUUAUCAACAUAUAUCGAGCACUUCGUGAUGAUCGGAGGUCUUUUAGCUAUUACAAGGCUAUUGGGGUUAUUGAGAAGUUGUCCUUUAAAAUUGAGAGUUCGGAUCAGGUCAAACACUUACCUUCAAUUGGAAAAUCAAUACAGGAUCAUAUUCAGGAGAUAGUUAGUACCGGGAAGCUGUCCAAGUUAGAGCACUUUGAGACAGAUGAAAAGGUGCGGACAAUCAGUCUAUUUGGGGAAGUAUGGGGCAUUGGUCCAGCCACCGCUCUGAAACUUUACGAAAAAGGACAUCGAAGUUUAGAUGAUCUGAAGAAUGAGGACUCAUUAUCAAAUGCACAGAGGCUAGGUUUGAAAUAUUUUGAUGAUAUCAAAACCAGGAUUCCGCGUCAUGAGGUUGAAGAAAUGGAACUUCUCCUAAAGAAAGCUGGAGAAGAUGUAUUGCCUGGGGUGAGCACUAUAACUAUUCUAGUGUCUGUUGUAUGUGGAGGAUCCUUCAGACGCGGAAAAGCUUCUUGCGGAGAUUUGGACAUUAUAAUUACACAUCCUGAUGGAAAAAGUCAUGUAGGAUUUCUACAAAAAUAUGUAAAGCAUCUGAAGGAUAUGAAGUUCCUAAGAGAAGAUCUGGUCUUUAGUAUUCAUAGUGUGGAGGGUACAGAUUCAGGGGUUGACACAUACUUUGGUCUUUGUACAUAUCCUGGUAGAGAGACGCGACAUCGCAUUGAUCUCAAGGUAUACCCGAGGGACAUCUAUGCUUUUGGACUAAUACAUUGGACUGGGAAUGAUGUUCUGAAUAGGAGGCUGAGAUUACUUGCAGAAUCCAAAGGAUUCCGACUUGAUGAUACCGGAUUGUUUCCUGCAACUAAAGGUUCAGGCGGUACUCGGGGUUCAAGGGCUACCACAAGCUUGCAUUUGAAGACAGAGAAAGAGGUGUUUGAUUUCCUGGGAUUUCCUUGGUUUGAACCAUAUGAAAGGAAUCUGUGAAAGUGUAAUAGCAUGUCUUUAUGCACAAUGUACAUAGCCUCAAAUCUGGGAGGAGGCGACGGACCUUUUGUGUUGUUGUUGUAUGGAAGACUUGCUUUUUUUGCUAAACUCUGGUGUAUUGUUGUAUAUAAAACUUGCUUAUUUUGUUGU